CUUUAUUUGUUACAAGCACAGGAACAAAGGGGCACAUUUGCGUCAUCAUAUUGCGUCUUGUCAUAUUCAGGGAACAUGGCCGCGCUGUGCAGCAGCCUGCGUGCCAAGUUGUUGUGGCGGCAGCAGGUUGGACUGUUACACACAGGCGUGAGGCUACUGGCAGCAGACAAGGAGCUCCUGGUGAAACUCAGGAAGAGGACGGGCUACUCGUUUAUCAACUGCAAGAAGGCUCUGGAACAAUUUAGCAAUGAUUUUAAACAAGCAGAGACGUGGCUGCACCAACAAGCUCAGAAAGAAGGCUGGGACAAGGCUUCCAAACUUCAAGGAAGAAAAACUACAGAAGGUCUUGUGGGGCUGCUGCAAGAUGGCAACACAUCUGUGAUGGUGGAAGUUAACUGCGAAACUGACUUUGUUGCCAGGAAUUCAAAGUUUCAGCAGCUAGUUCAGCAGGUGGCUGUGAGCACUCUGAGGCAUUGCCAGAGUCAUCAGGAGAACAUGUCUUCUUAUGUAAAGGGUUUUCUAAGCGGUGAAGAACUCUUACAAAUGAAAGCUGAGGAGUCAUUAUUAAAAGAUCAACUUGCUUUGGCAAUAGGGAAGUUAGGUGAAAAUAUGACUAUGAAGAGAGCUGCUUGGGUGAAGACUCCCUCUGAUAUCUUCAUAGGCUCUUAUAUGCAUGGCAUUCUUGUAGCAGAUGUACCAUCCCUAUCUAAUAUCACAUUUGGAAAAUAUGGAGCUCUAGUGAUAUGCAAAGAUUCCGACAGUAACCCUAAGAGCAACAUAUCUGAAGUUGGACGCAGAUUGGGCCAGCAUGUUGUGGGAAUGAACCCUCUGUCGGUAGGUUCCCUUGAGGAUGAAUCUAGUGGGGAGACAGAGACAAAGAUGCUGGCACAGUCCUUUCUUCUGGAGCCCAGUCUAACCGUGGGGCAGUAUUUGCAGCCACGAGGAAUAAAUGUGCUGGACUUUAUACGCUUUGAGUGUGGGGAAGUAGCAGAAUCAACAGAAUCUAGUCAUACUUAACACUUGGACAUUCCUUGUUGAGCCUUAAGUAUAAAUAAGUAUAAAAUAAAUACCAUUUUCUUUGUUUUUCUCCCAGAUGUAUUGUUAUUUAUUCUGCAAUUACUGAAUUAAAUGCAUCUAAACAUUUCUAGAAA